AUGUCCCGAACCGCCGGUACAACCAGUGUGCGCUUGACGGUCAAUCCCGGUAGGUGUAUCCGUUGCGGGUUUUGUUUUCCACGUUCGAAAAUGAGGUCUCAAACAGGAGUGCGGUACGUGCCAGUGUUGGUGACAGUUUUUCUAACCCUAAUUGGGUGUAUCGCAGUGAAUGGAACCGCUCGCAGCCAUUCGUACCGUGGGUACAAGCUGUACUCCGUAGAACAAAACAACCAACAGCAGGUGGAACUCCUGCGUGAUCUUCAACAAUCCGUCGAUGGUCUUGACUUCUGGAAGCUUGAUCGGUUGGUGGGUUCGGAUGCUCGAGUACUGGUACCGCCGUCACAGCUGCAAUCGUUCCAGCUAUUGCUCGACACCCAGCAGCUACGCCAUCGUGAACUUAUUCCCGAUUUUGGAAGCGUGCAAGAUGAGCAUCUGUACGGCACAAAACGAACGCGCCCGUCGAAGAGUCUUCCUCUGACUAAAUACCUCCGUUACAAAGAAAUGGUCGACUACAUCAACAACCUUGCGAGCAAAUAUUCGGACCUGAUGACUGUGUCCGAGAUUGGGAAGUCCCACGAAGGUCGUUCGAUACCUUCCGUAACCAUUCGCUCGCCUGGCAGUUACAAUGCCCGGGCAGCGCGCAACAACUCUCAGCCCGUGGUUUUCGUCGAUGCCGGUAUUCAUGCACGCGAAUGGGCCGCCCCAGCCAUGGCCAUGUAUCUGAUCAGCGAGCUCGUUGAGAAUGCCGCGCAGAACCAGGAUCUGCUGGCGGGUCUCACGUGGAUCAUCGUGCCAAUUGUCAAUCCGGAUGGGUACGAGUACAGUCACGAGCGGGAACGACUUUGGCGCAAAACGCGCCGACCGGCUGGAGGCAGCUGUUACGGUAUCGACGGUAACCGUAACUACGACUUCCACUGGGCUGAGGUCGGCGCUUCCGAUGCACCCUGUGCCGAAACGUACCACGGCGAACGGUCGUUCUCCGAGCCGGAAACCCGUGCCAUCCGGGAUGAACUGCUGCGGCUUAAGGGUCGCUGCAAGUUCUACCUUUCGCUGCACACGUACGGCGAGUAUCUGCUGUAUCCUUGGGGCUGGACGUCGGAACUGCCGGUUGGAUGGGAAAAAAUCGACGAAGUCGCACAGGUAGGAGCGCGCGCUAUUGAAGAUGCCACCGGUACGGUCUAUACGGUCGGUAGCUCCACCAAUGUGCUGUACGCGGCCGCAGGUGGAAGCGAUGAUUACGCGUUCGCCGUCGCGGAUGUACCGAUAUCGAUGACGAUGGAACUACCGGGCGGUGGCUCGGCUGGCUUCAACCCACCACCGUCGCGCAUCGAGGAGAUCGUGAAGGAAACGUUCGUUGGCGUCCGGGCAAUGGCGCUGGAGGUGGCGAAAAGCUAUCACUGAACCCUCCUCCCCCCCGCGCGACGAGUCUCAGACGGUAAAGCAACAGCUAGAAAGGGAGUCGUAUAACGUUAGCGAUGUAGUAGUUGUAGCUUUAUUAUUUAUCUGCCUCAAAAUGAGUUCCGAUCGUAUGUAUGUGUCUCUGUUAGCAGGACAAUAAAAUGAUUAGUCAGUAAACUUGU